AGUAUCCUUUUUAUGAUUUGCUUGAGGAUGUGAAUCUCUUGGCCUCUGAGAGAAAUCGUGGACCUUUUGCGCGCCUUCACGUACGAGAUGAUGUCGGUUAUCCUGCUUUAGUCGCCAUCGCAGGUAGAGCUGGCUUUCGAGCUUCAUCUCUUUCUCUUCCAUGUCUAAGUGUUUGUAACUUUGAUCUGCUUCCUCUGUGCUCUGGAUCUCGUGGAGUCUUCAUCUAAGAGUGUACUGAUUUAGUAGGGAUGAAGAUCUAUAGCUGUGCCUCUAUACGUGAAAUGUGCAUAAGCAUGGAGUAGCUUCAUGUGGAGAAAUUAUUUCAUGGUCUAAUUAACACAAGGCUGAUAUUGAAGAGAAGAGACUUGAUACGUUUAUGAUGUCAGACCAUGCUGCACAAACAAAUGAACAAGGUGAAGGUUUGGGGGUUGCUUUUAGUGAUACAAAUGCUAAUGCUUCUUCACAUCCUUACAUGGGAAAAGGGAUGGCUCGUUGGAUUCAAGCAUGCAGAAGCUCAUCCUCUAAAGGUUGGGAAAAUCAUAAUGCAGCUCUUGUAGGAAACGUAGUUGAUCAAUUUAAAGAACAUGACUUUUUAGCAGUUGAGAGAGUGAAAAUUAAAGAAGUCAAACUUCUAAGUUUUGACAUGAAUCAAAGAUAUAGUGGCGGAUACGUGGGUAAAUUAAGCUCGACUGCUGAGAAUGUGGAUCUAGUAUCACAUUUUCUCCAAUCUGACGAAACCAUUGAAGGUGGAUGGAAAAAUUUUAGAAUUACAGAUAAAUCUUCAACCAGAAGGGAUUUGGAGCUAUUUGAUGAUGAAAUUACUUUUUUCGAAAGAGUAUCUGCCGAGAGUUUAGCUGAAUCUUCUUUAAAAUGGAAAGCUUCGGCUUCAUAUCAAUUCCAGAAUAUAGAUGCUAAUGUGUCAGAUUUUGAACAUUUUCCUAUGUUUGAGAUCAACAAGAAAAUGGAGACUAUAAUGGCUUCCAGGAAAAAAUCUACUUGUGGCUCCAUGUUUGUUAAAAUGAAGAAGGUAAAGUUACCAGUGUGUGAAUCAACAGCUACUUCAAGUUUCGUAGAAUUAACACCUGGCAGUUGGCAUGCAGCCAAUAAUAUGAUUGAUAACACUGAAAAUGCAAUGAGGCCUUGCGAGGGUUUUCAGCCUAAUUAUGCUUACAAAGUUCCAGAAAACACAAAUCUGAGUUGGAUGAAGCGCAAGUUAUGGUGUUGUUUCUCUAAUAACAAAUUCAUAACAGCAGUAAGUAAAAACAACAUUGACUCAAUGCCUACAAGUUUUGGAAUUCUGUGGAAGAGUUCGAAGGAUGGAUCCACCCUUGUGUUCAGUGAGUCCAAUCCAAAUGACUUUCCAUGUCAUUCUUCAACUGAAGAACAAGAAAAUAGUAUAAAAGAUGAGUCAUCGCACAGGUGGUUGGUUGGCCAGAAAAGACUUAGCCAGCCAGAUGAUUCCGAUACGCACCUUUGGCCUAGUAAGAUACCCAAGUGCCAAAUGCAAGAUGUGAGUCAACCUAGAUCUUGCCGAACAUUGAAGUCUGUAGGAAGUGGAGAAGGAUUUCACAGAUUAUCUAGUCCAAUAAAUUCUUUGUUGGUUGUAGAUGAGAUGGGCUUGGACCACUGCCAUAGAGAACUGAUGAUGGGAGACUCUGGAUUGACUCAUAUUAAUGAUAAUGCUCUUUCCGAAAAAUUUAUCACACCAACCAACCAAAAUUACGGCCAGAAAGAGAUUACUAUAGUUCCCUUUGUAAAUGUCACAAGUGUUGAGGGUAGGAGAGGCCCUGGUGGCAUUGGCACUCACUUCAUGGGGGAAGAUAAGGAGUCGUUUACUAAGGCUGGUUCAGUGUACCAUAGUCCUCAUAGAUCAAGUUCUCUACUAGGAAAACCAUUUUCCAGACCACCAACGGUAUGCAUUUUCUGUAAACUACAGUGUGUUGCAUCUCCAAAUCUGAGAAAAUGCAACUGUACAUCGCCUUCGCUGGCAGCCGAAGCUCCUUGCAGAAAUAUAGAGACUGGAACUACUGAUGGAGUAGAGCAGCAUCCUUCAACAGAAAGAACAACCAGCGCAAGUGUCGAAAGGACAGUAGAUUUCUCGGGCUCCAAUAAUCUCGUAAAAACACGCAGCACAUGGGUUAAGCGUCUCCAGCAUAACCAAUCUGAAACUCUUACUCUCUGCACUAAAAUGUUCAAAAAGUGCGUUGAUUCUUCCAGUGAAUUGCAGAAUAUGAGCAGUAGUAGAAUGCACAACAGAUCAAUGGAAGAUCACAAGUGUGAUAGAACUAUGACAUUCUCAGAAAAUGAUAGCCCUUCUACAGGUGAUACAGAAAAGGCUUUACAAGCAUGGAUUAGGAGAUGGCGCUGUAAUCAUAGUCAAGCAGCAUCUCCAACUGCAUUAAGGCCAGUUGCAUCAGUGGCAUUUCAACCAUCUGAAAAUUUUGAAGGCAAGAAAUUUGCAAGCAUUGGAGCAAUGGCAUUAAUGGGCAAAGCAAUAAAUAAUUAUAAGCCGUGUAGGAUUCGGAGAAAAGACGCGUCCUUGGUAUGGACUAUUUGAGAGUGGCAAUAUUCUCAACGGCUCGGUCAAGUAGCAAACUAAGGCGUCAGGGCAAGUAAGGUUGCUGUGUUGAGAUAUAACCAGGCAAAUAAAGUUUGCUGUUAGUGUGAUUUGUUUUCUUUUUAAAAUUUUGAACUUUAGCUAUUCUCGUAUUAUAUUGUGGGCAGUAAGAAAAAUGAUAGAGAUCAUCUAGAAAUUAGCAGGAAGAAGAUCUCUAUCAAAUCAUUUUUCUUUGUUUUAUGAUCUUGUGGUUGCCCUUGCCUAGCUAUUCAGUCUCCUAUUUGAUUGUGGGCAGUAAGAGAACGACAAAGAAGGGCACUGGUGAUAAUUAUUUUGUUAAGAAAUGGGAUUAAUAUUUUUGCUUUGAAUGUGAUAUUCAUCUUCAUAUA